AUGUUGCAAAGUCCAACUGCUGCUGUCGCCCCCGUUCCUCAGCAGGUUGCCGCCACGUCGCAGCCUCCCAGGAGGUUCAUCAGCGCUGCUUCUGCCGAGGAGAACCCUUGGUGGGAGAUCGAGAUUUGGGGAGAAGAUAUGGGACAACCCAUAUUUCUGGGAAAGUCUGAUAUCUUUGGGGAGUACUAUUGGAAUACGGGAAGGCAUGUUGCAUGA